AUGUCUUUCUCCUCUGAAAAAUGUUACUCAGACCUAAAGAAUCUUCUUUACCAUGAUAAUCAUGCCACGCGUAAGGAAAUAUUGGAAUUCAUGGCGACCGAUCCAAUUUUCAUUCCACGCUAUAACACGAGUUUAGAGUUUCAGCGUGAGUUGGCGCUGCAAAGGCUACAACGGUUAGCAGAUCGUAAAUUUUUGUCCGUUUUUGACUUUGAAAAGAACCCGUUGAAUGUGUUUGCUGUGCAUGAAAUGGCUGGCAUGGUAGAUAAUUCAAUGGCGACAAAGAUGACUGUUCAGUGGAAUCUUUUUGGUGGAACAGUGAUUAAACUCGGAACAGAACGUCAUCGUCGUAUUCUUCCUGGAGUCGAUGAUCUCACUAAUGUAGGUUGCUUCGCGUUGACUGAAUUAGGGUAUGGGAAUAACGCAAUUGAAAUGGAAACUACUGCAAUUUUUGACGAAGAAACGCGAGAGUUCGUUAUCAAUACUCCUUCUGUACUCGCUCAAAAAUAUUGGAUUACUAAUUCCGCAAUCCAUGCUAAAUGGGCAGUUGUGUUUGCUCAAACUUAUGUUAAAGGAAAGAAUGAAGGAAUUCACGCUAUUUUAGUUAGAAUUCGAGAAGAAGACAUGACACCAUCUAAAGGUGUUGUUAUUGAAGAAAUGGGAGUUAAAUUUGAAUGCAAUGGUGUGGAUAAUGGAAAACUUUGGUUUAAAAACGUACGAGUACCUGUAGAUAAUUUAUUAAAUCGGUACUCAAAUAUUGACGAAAAAAAUCAAUUCACAAGUGUGAUUGAAAGCCGUCGUGGACGAUUCUUGAAAGUUGCUGAUCAACUUUUAUCUGGUCGAUUGGCGAUAGCCUCAAUGUGUCUGGGAGGGACAAAGGCUUGCCUCUCAAUCGCAUUGAGAUACGCAAGUUCUCGAUUGGCAGUUGGUGCUAAUGGAAAGAGUGAUACUCCAAUUCUCGCGUACCAACUUCAACAACGCGCGUUAUUGCCGUUACUAGCCAACACAAUCGCUCUCAAUAUAGGGCUAAAUUAUUGUAAAGACAGAUGGGCUACUCAAGCAAAUACCGCGGAAGUUGUACGUCUAUGUUGUGUUAUUAAACCGUUAGUCACAUGGAACUUUGAAAACGUUGCUACAACCUCUAGAGAGCGCUGUGGUGGUCAGGGAUAUUUGAGUAUUAAUCGGUUUGGUAGUUUCAUUGGAUUUGCUCACGCUGGUAUGACUGCUGAAGGAGAUAAUAGUGUUUUGAUGCAAAAAGUGGCUAAGGAGUUGUUAGCUGAUGUCCAGAGUGGUGCUGUUAAAUUACCAUUUGUACCUGAGCCUGAAAAAGCGCAAUCAUGGGAUAUAAGUGUACUGGAGAAUUUAUUGAAUUUAUUCAGGCUACGGGAGCAAAUCUUACUAAAAAAACUUCAAUCAAAUUUGUCCAACAAAAUUGGUGCUGAUUCGAUUCUCUUUGACGUUUGGAUGAAACAAGAAUCCGAUCAUAUACAAUCCCUUGCCCGCGCACAUGGUGAACGGAUAGUCCUUGAGCAAGUUUUAAAUGCAACAAAUGAAUUAGAUGUAGAUGCCAAGACACUCCUAUUAAUCGUUGCUCGUCUGUAUGCCCUUAAUCAACUUGACACCUAUCUCGCUUGGUACAUAACAAAUGAGUUGGUGUCUAUAAAAUCAGCGAGUCUAGUACAACCAAUGAUCCGAGAAAUUGUCGCUUCUCUGGCACCGUAUAGUAUUCAAAUUGUGGAUGCGUUAGGUGUGGAUCCACGUGUUCUUUUUGCACCAAUUGCAAAUGUUUCCCCAAGUGGAACUUGGGCAAAAUAUAAUGAUAGCGAUAAUCAAGUUAAAAUCUCCGAACUUUGCGCGGUAAUUCUUCACAAAAAAAUGGUACUUCCGCGUUCUGCAUAUCCACUCCAAGGAAUAUACUAUUUUCUCACAAAUUGGAGUCUAAUUCGUAAAAUAAUUUUCGCUCUCUUUAUAACAUUAGUCGUAGCACUUCUUUCACUUGGACUAUCGUUUGCAUUUCUACUACGUCUACAAGAAAACGGCCUGUCCAAUGUUGGAGUUCCUGUAUGGUUAUCAUGGACACUUUCGGUGAUCCUGUGCAUUAUAGAAAGUGCGGUAUUCACUUUGAUUUUUUAUUUAAUCGCUGCUCCGUUAUGGCAAGACGCGUUGUUUGACCAGGUGUUGAGGCUGAGAGGAUUAUCGCGGGUGCUGGACGAACGAAAAAGGAAUGUUUCCGAAGUGAGAUUGUGUUUUCGUGGUUUGUGCGCUGGGUUGACUUUUGUGAUAUUUCAGGUUUAUGCGCUGAUAGUUGUUGAGAUUCUCAUGCUAAUCCUAACGUCACCUUUACAUCUGAUUCCUGUAUUGGGCACUUUUCUCUAUUGUUAUAUUAACGGGUGGGUAUUGACUUGGGGCCACCAAUUACACUAUCAUCUCGAAAUAAAAGAAUGGACAUUAAGCCAAUCACGAAAAUUCGCGUGGAAACAUCGAGAUGACUAUCUAAUGUUUGGUACGGUGGCGGUCGGGUUGGAGAUGAUUCCAAUUGCAAAUUUCUUAUUUGUUUGGACGAAUGUUGUUGGCGCUGCGUUGUGGACUGCUGAUGUUAUAAUCGAAGAGCAGAGACUUUCGGGUAAUGGAGGUGCAGAUAACGGAGAUGGAUCAAGAGGUUAUGUUGCCUAUAACGCGAUUAGUUUACCUAAUCCUUCGGGUGUCGUGUCAUAUCAAGCAAUUACUGUGAAUAAAUGA